GUUGCUUUAUAAAGAAGUUCUGCCCGGCAGCUGCUCAGGAACACGCUGUGGUCAGAUCUGGGGAAGAAGUGGCUUUGUUCACUAUAGUAAAGGACGGCGUGAAUUAAACACUGAUUUCUAUCUCAGAAGGUUGUGUAGUGGUUCCAUUUGUAGUAUCUGACCGAACUAGUACAAUAUGGCUGCUAUAAGAAAGAAGCUGGUGGUAGUCGGGGACGGCGCGUGCGGCAAGACGUGUCUCCUGAUCGUCUUCAGCAAGGACGAGUUCCCUGAGGUUUACGUGCCCACGGUGUUUGAGAACUACGUGGCGGACAUUGAGGUGGACAGCAAGCAGGUGGAGCUGGCUUUGUGGGACACGGCCGGUCAGGAGGACUACGACCGGCUUCGACCACUCUCCUAUCCGGACACGGAUGUAAUACUCAUGUGCUUCUCUGUGGACAGCCCUGACUCCCUGGAGAACAUCCCUGAGAAAUGGGUUCCCGAGGUCAAACACUUCUGCCCUAACGUGCCCAUAAUACUGGUGGCCAACAAGAAGGACUUGCGCAACGACGAGAACGUGCGCAACGAGCUGGCGCGCAUGAAGCAGGAGCCGGUGAAGGGUGAGGACGGGCGCGCCAUGGCCGUGCGCAUCGGUGCCUACGACUAUCUGGAGUGUUCGGCCAAGACUAAAGACGGUGUGCGAGAGGUGUUCGAGACGGCCACACGCGCGGCGCUGCAGAAGCGCACGAGACCCGCCCCGAUCUGCGGCCAGUGCUGCAAACUGCUCUAAAAUGUCUCCUUUGAUUUCUUCUGAAGAAUUAAGGAACCUCGAGCAACCACGACGUGUCCUGCUCCACCGGCGCUGAACAUACAAGCAGAACAGCAGCUGUUGCUGUAAAACAAAAAAAAAAUGGGCUCGUCUCCUUUUUGUGAAGUGUCGAGCUGCUUUAAAAGGGAGAGGACACACACACACACACACACACACACACACACACACACACACUGAAUUGUCCCUUUGCUCGUUGCAUUGUGGGAACAGAGAACUUAGGGGGGGUGAAUAGCAAACCCACUGCUCUUACGAGUCUGAUUGUAGGGUUUCCAGCUAUGAGCAACCUUCCUAUAUAUUUAUAGGGGACAACAUUUAACCUCUCUGGAUCUCCCUUCCAUGACUAGACAGAGAAAGAAAGAGAAAUGCAUUGCUUACACUGUUACAACUGUUGCCACGCAGUCCUGCAGAUGCUGCUUGAAGAAAUGCAUGUCGGACGUAUGGAGUGGGGGAUGUGGGUCGUCAGGGCUCAGGCCUGUGUUUUCAUUGUGCUUUGCUCGAAAAUUCGACUUGCUUCUAAUCAAAGCCUGUGAAAUAUUUUAUUUCAUAAAGCUCCAUUACAGUGCAGUCCAAAUGUAUAUAAUUUUUUAAAUUAUUGUUUUUUUUUUUUUUUUGCUAAUCCCACUGCACUGAAUGAAACUGCCAUCUGUGUUUUUAAAACGAAUGGGAAAAACAGCUUUGUACAAGCCCUUGUUUUUGUGUUCGAUACCACCACAGGACACAGCUGAAGAGGAGAUUUACAAUAAAUACAUAUUUUCCAAUG